CAGAUAAAGUCGGUAGCCUUAUUGAAAGCGAUAACAUAUUAAUACAAUGACGAAUAUAAAAUUUUUUAUUUUGUUGUGUCUGACAUUUUAUACUCCAUCGGUUAACAGCGAGAGCACAGAAGAGAUACUAGAUCGCACUUUAUUAAAGAUUUUGACACAUGUCAAUCAACACCAAAGGAAUAUUCAAAUCACUGGCAUUACUUUGAGACAGUUUAUGGAUUAUGUGGGCAAGGCCACAAAUACCGAAAAAACUGUGCUGCUUGUGGUACAACAACAACGUUAUCUUGUCGAUGCGGCAGAUAAAAUAACGAUAACUAAAAACGAAUUUGAAGCAUUAAUAACAGAUAUCUGCUUAGAACUCGGUACAACAAUAUCAACAUACACAGGCUUAAUAGAAACUGCAAUAGACUCAAAACAAAUAAAUACGAUUUUAAAUCUUGUUAAAAUUGAAGAACGUUAAUUUUCAACCUAAUCAAAUGUUU